UCCAAGCAACUGUCACUAAACACUUCUUGCUGGUUAUAAGACCCAGUAAGCAUUUGAUAUCUACUUAAUUCUCUCUCGCGCGAAGAAGACAGUCUUGUGGCUGGAAUAUCUCUCUCUCGAGGUUUGCUCGUAGUCAUCAUGGGAAAUCAGACAAGCACUAAUACUACGUCCGCACCGGCAAAGCAAGCUCCAUUUCGUCCCGCACAACAAGCUGAUGCAAUAAUGAUACAGUUUUAUACAUCAGUUGCUAUGAAUGGUUUGAUCAUCAUCAUAGCCUGCAUCAUGAUUACCGUAUUUCACCAGCGUCUACGGUCUUCCAUUUCUUAUUUGUUGCUUCAAAACAUCUUCGUGCUGGAUCUUUUCACUGCCAUAACACCUGGAUUCAUUUGGGCAUUGGCCCUGCUCACCGAUUCUUUGGGUAUCAUAGUUGACUUUGUGUGCCGAUCUGUAGGAUUCUUGCAUACCUUUAUGUACAACGCCUUCCUGCUGAAUAUCGCUGUUAUCUCAUUCAGCCAGUUUCUACUACACUUUUCUCCGAAUUUGCAUGGCAAGAUCUUUGUCAACGCUAUAGUGACGAGGAUAAUCCUUCUUGCAGUCUGGGCCGUAGGUGGGCUGUUGGCAACUGCUCCUCUUAACCAUAAAGGUGGAUGGGGAACGUAUGAUCAGUUCGAGUCCACAUGCUGGAUAAAAUGGACGACGAAUAGCGAUGUAGAUUUGAGUUACAACAUCAUCUCUGUUUUCCUGACCCUGGGACCAGCCUUUGGAUUUACUAUUCUUGCCAUCGUCUUCACAAAAAAAGGUAGAGCAAACCAACCUGCUCAGAACAAUCCCGCUCCUCAGCAAGAUGUCAUCCUCAUCACUGCCAUACAGUUGGGAAUCUUUGAGGUCCUAUGGCUUGCCUUGACAAUCAUGAACUUAAAAUGGAAUGAACAUUGGUCAAAGGUCAAUUUCAAGGUGGAUCUCGCAUUCCUCUUCCUGUUCUUUGGUCGUGGACUUUGGAAUCCCAUUGUGUGCUUGGCAGUGAGCAACAACGUCAGGACGGCUUUUGUUGAUGUCAUGAUCCGCUGUCGCUGCAAGUCUAAUAGAGUGGCUCCAUCAGCAUGAACGACAUGCUCAUUUAAAAACACGUCGCAACAGUAAGAUGUGGACAUUAUUUGUAGCACUCUGUACUACCCGUAUAGGGGCAUUAUCUGUAGCACUCUGUACUACCUGUAUAGGGACAUUAUUUGUAGC